AUGAUUGGGCUCAAGUCUACACUUAAUGUAAUAGACAACUCUGGCGCACUACUUAUUGAGUGCGUCAAUGUCCUCAAACAAAAGGUCAAUAACGGCUGGGGCUCUGUCGGUGAUGAAAUAGUCUGCGUCGUCAAACGCGCGCGCCCAGUGUCGGCGGCGACUCAGGCAUCUACCACUGCGGUCAAAGUCCGACGUGGAGAUGUUCGACGAGCAGUCAUCGUGCGAACCAAGAAACCAGUUCGAAGACCAGAUGGACGUUUCAUCAGGUUCGAUGAUAACGCGGCAGUCCUUUUGAAUAACAAGAGAGAAAUGCUGGGGACGCGUAUUGGUGGUGUUGUGAGUGCUGACUUGCGCAUGAAAGGCUGGGGGAAGAUUGUCAGCUUAGCACCAAAGGUUGUUUGA